AUGCCAAACAAAUCGUCAAAAUUACCUACAUUGAAGAGAGUUAAAAAAACCUAUCCUCCAAAAAAAUCUACUACUCCUACUUCAUUCUGUUCUGGUAUAUCAAGUGUACAAUAUGCUAUACAACAACGAUUAUUACGAUCUCAACAUUCUACUCGAACGAAACGUGAUGUUGAGCGUAUAACUGAAGUUGCACAGAGAAGCAGUGAUCUUCCAGUUUAUCAUCACCCAUGGGAAUCGGAAUAUUACAAAAUAUUUACUCGAGAAAAAUAUAUAAAACCAAUGACAAAAGAUCCAUAUACACCAAUGACACGAUCAAUUUCUCAUGCUGUCGAAGAUGUAACAACCGAAACUGAAUGUUGUCCCUUUCUGAUAGCAGCUGAAGCUGUAAAAAUCGAAACAUUCAAUAUACAACAAGCACCUGGACGACCAGUACCAAAUGUCAUUCGUUACUUGAGACGUACGGAACCAAUGCCGCCGGUACAACCUGCAUUAUCUAUCACUCCAGUGAAAAUAAUAUCAUCAUCUCAAUCACAAUAUCAAAAACCAACUAUAUCAAUUAUGGAUACUAGAAAGGUAGAUGGUACUGCUCCUAAUUUAGUUACAGCAGAUCGGUUAUUAAAUCGAACUAAAACGCGUAACGAUGCAUCCGUUAUUCGAAGGCCACCAAGAAAAUUAGAUUUGAAUGUUACUCAUGAAACAAUCAUGCCACUAUCAGUGUAUGGUUGA